AAGGGCGAGAAGGUCAGCGAGCUACACUCACUACAGCUGAAGUUUUUGAACUAAUGUGCCAGGAACUAGAGUCUGACAGUGAAUCUAAAGUAAUAGUCAUUGGAACCCAUAAAGAUGUUUAUGAGGCCAAGAAAGAGCAAGAGCAUGUUACAACAACUAAUAGAUGUUUAUGCUGCAAACGAGAAGAUUCUGACUUUGAUCCUGUGGAAACCAUUGAUAAAAAGAAUCUUGUGCUUGAGAGACUCAUACCAGAUGAUUCGAAAGUUUAUUUCAAUAAAAGCAGGGCCAUAAUUUUUGAAGUAAACGCAGCUGUUCCUUUGGAAGGAGACAAAGUCAUCGCCAGUAAGAUAAGGAAGAAAGUUAGUGAGUCAGCCCAACAACGCAAGGGCACAGAGACUAUCCCUAUCUUCUGGUAUGUCCUACAAAUUGUUCUGGAAGAGGUUGCUCAGAGAUUGGGAAGACAAGUCUUCUCAAUAAGUGAAUGUGAAACUGUGGCCAAAGUACUUAGAAUUGGACCAGAUGAAAUGAAAGCGGCCCUAAGGUUUUUGGACAGAUUGAACAUUUUCUUUUACAAAGAAAAUAUCCUUCCUGGUGUUGUGUUCACCAGCUCACAAGUGCCACUAAGUUGUGUCAGCGAACUUGUAAAAAAACUUUAUUCUAUGGAUAAGGAAAACCUCAGUGAAGGCUGUGAUCCAAUUGAUGGAAUGUGGGGGGAGUUCUGUGACAAGGCUCAGCUCACACUUAAACAUCUUCAAGACAAAAUCUUCCAAUCACACUAUGUAAAAGACGAUAAUGGCACACCAGUUUUCACUGCAGAGAUGUUCUUGGAUCUGCUCAAACGACUACAUAUCGUUGCUCCUGUGAAUGAUGAAAUAGCAAAGUGUUCAAAGUUUUUUUGCCCUGCACUGCUGGAGACGGUGAAAGUCGAUGAAUACUUUAGCCAAAAGAGGGAUUAUAUGGUGACAAGAGUUUUUCACUUUUCAAGCACCUAUGCUCCUCGUGGAGUCUUUUGCUGUACUGUGUGCUUCUUGAGAUCAGUAGCCGGAUGGGAUAUUAUAACAGAGAAUGAUGAUGAUACUGAUACUGUUGAAGAGGAAUAUGUUAUAGCACGAAACAAAGUCACUUUUGCAGUAAAGGGAGUCAGAGUGACGUUCAUUGACAAGCUCCAGUUCUUUGCAGUAAGCAUUGCUGUAGAAGAUUUUGAAAGAUAUGGAGAACGUCUAUGCAAACAAAUAGAUUUUGAUGUGCAAGAAGCUAUUAAAGACGCCCUUGAAAAGACCUGUAGUGCAGCGACAAAAAUCCGUGAACCCUCCUUCCUCUGUCCACUCACCUGCAAACAUGAGACUUUACAUCCUGCAACUGUUGGUGACAAAUUCAACCUUAUCUGCACCAAACAACCACCACUGAUAAGGGGUACUCUGAAUGAAAAACAAAAAGUUUGGCAUACCUACCAGUGUUCAGGAACAACAUCAGAACCAGACAUGAAAGUCCUAUCAAACUUGGUUAUGCCAGAAGUGAGCAACAUCAUGCCCCUAGCACUUCAGCUGGAUCUUGAGAUGCAUGAAAUUGGCAAGAUUAAAUGCAAUUAUCCCAACGAUGUAAGUACGCAAACUCUGCGAGUUUUUUGUGUGUGGAGGAAAAAGGACAAAAACUACACAUGGGAGUUCCUGAUCAAAGCCCUCAAAUCUCCAGCUGUCAAUAAUCCAAGACUGGCCAACAAGGUGGAGGAAUGGCUUAACGAGAAAAAGGCAUAGAUGACUCUUCCUCUCCUUCUGCUCCUAAAAAACCUAGACCUGCAUGGAAUUAGUUUUCUCAUAGUCCUUUCCCUUCGACCACACCAUACUGAGUAACUAGAAUCUAGAGCGUUUUGCGUGGAGUAAAAGUUCACUUACUGAUACUUGUUUACCUCUGACUAGACAGACUACCGAUUUUUGUUACAGUUUGCACAUUAUAUGAUAUAUAGUCA